AUGGAGGUGGUGAGUCCCUGUGCUAAGCGGCAGAGCCGGAGCUGGUGGGCCACCACGGAUGGGGACGGCGCUCUCAGCAGCUAUUCUCUGGGGCAAGUUCAAGCUUUUUAUUCAUUUCUGUUUCAACAAACGAUUGAAGCUCCUAAUAUGGUGGUCACGACUGAAGAGCAGAUGUCUGUCGCGUCAGCCCGCGGAGCCUGUCUGGUGUCCCCACAGAUGUCCACGGAAACUCCUGCCCAGGAACCUGUACCAGAGGCUCCAAACAGAAGGAAAAGAAAAGCCAGAGCGUCAGAACCCAAGGACCCAGUGGAACCCAAAAAACCUGCCCGGUCAAAAAAAUCUGGCAAGUCGACAACGUCAAAACAAAAACAAAAACAAAUUACAGACACAUUUAAAGUGAAAAGACAAGUGGACCGUUUCAACGGUGUUUCUGAAGCUGAGCUUUUGACCAAGACGCUUCCUGAUAUUUUGACCUUCAAUCUGGACAUUGUGAUCAUUGGCAUUAACCCGGGACUAAUGGCUGCUUACAAAGGGCAUCAUUACCCUGGGUCUGGAAAUCAUUUCUGGAAGUGUCUGUUCAUGUCAGGACUGAGCGAGGUUCAGCUGGAUCACACGGAUGACCACACCUUACCGGGGAAGUACGGCAUUGGCUUCACCAACAUGGUGGAACGGACGACACCGGGCAGCAAGGAUCUGUCCAGUCAAGAAUUCCGAGAAGGCGGGAGAAUCCUCGUGCAGAAACUGCAGAAAUACCAGCCAAAGAUAGCGGUGUUUAAUGGAAAAUGUAUUUAUGAAAUUUUCAGUAAAGAAGUUUUUGGAGUAAAGGUUAAGAACUUGGAAUUUGGGCUUCAGCCCUACAAGAUCCCGGACACAGAAACUCUCUGCUACGUGAUGCCGUCUUCCAGUGCCAGAUGUGCUCAGUUUCCUCGAGCCCAGGACAAGGUUCAUUACUACAUUAAGCUGAAGGACCUAAGAGACCAGCUGAAAGGCAUCGAACGGAACGCAGACGUUCAGGAGAUGCAAUACACGUUUGACCUACAGCUUGCACAAGAGGAUGAAAAGAAGAUUAGGAUUAAGGAAGAAAAGCAUGAUCCCGGCUAUGAAGCAGUGUACGGCUGUGCUUAUAGAGAAAACCCGUGUCAGAGUGAACCUUGCCGCUGUGCUUCAAACGGGCUAACAGCCCACAGAGCAGAGCUGAGAGGAGAAGCAGCUCCUGGGGGCUCUCCAGAUGGGCAGUGGAUGGCACCGUCGUUUUCAGACCAGAUCCCGUCCUUUAAUGACUGUGGGACCCGGGAGCAGGAAGAAGGAAUGCUUGAUGAUGGUCUUCUGAGCUCUGCCUCAGCACUGCAGUUCUAAUGCAGUUGUGAGGCCCCAGAGUACUUUACGUGAGUGGUGUAACUGUACUUGGAGCAGUUGGUGUGGUAGAGUCAACUGCGUGGACCUGUGUAGUUGAAGGGAAAAAAAUAGAUUGUU